AUGGUUUCAGGAAACGCAGUCCUCCUCUCUCAACUCCCCAAGGCGGUCGAUGUACAUGCUUACGGACCACCAAGCUCCUCUGCCCACCAAUACCUGUCGCAUCUGGAGCCCCAGCCAUCCCAUGAAGAAUCCGACCUGUUGAAAUCGGUACGCGCUGCACUACGAGGAACAGCUCUGGAGUCAAAAAAUGCUAUUCAGUCGACAUAUUUUGAAUCAGAAGGCGAUCCUUGGAAUGGCUUCCAGCUCACAUGGAAUGACCGUUCAGCUGCGCUCAGCUCUGGCGGAGUCUUGAGGAAAAGAUGGGAUUUCGAGGUCGAGCGUCAGAAUAUCCAGUGGGCAUGUUUUGGCUGGCUGGAACAGUUUGCUUCGAAGGCGGAUUUUGGCCUGGAUGACUAUAACUAUCCCACGUCUACCCCCCGCCCGUCUAGAUCACCAUUUGGGCCCUUUGCUCUCUCUGUGCAGCCCACCGGCUAUUCAGAAACAGUCAAACGUAUUCCAACUGUCUUCGUGUUCCUGCGUACAAAGGGCAUGGCUUUUCUGCAGGAUGGCACCAGAUACACGUUCACCGUUCCAUACAUCGUUCGCAGAGCGUGGCCUAUUUCACCCUUCGGUGUCAUGAUUCAGCGACAAGUGCAUCCCCAGGAGCUUGUAGAGGCCGAACGGUCGGGAGAAGAGGUCUUGCCUACAAUAUUUGCCUUGGUCAACCCAAUUACCGAAGUUGGAGCCCUAGGUGUAACAACAGGAAUUAUCGGUGGGCCAGACGACGUGUCCGCACGUCUCAUUGACGAGGACGAGAAAGCAUCAUCACAUCUGAUAUCAGCACCUCCUUCCGAGACCCUUCUCUGGGUGUCGCAUCAUUCUGUUGCUACUCCUUACCAGCUCGCAGUGACUCUGGACGAAACCAAACAUUCAUUGUCCAUUUGGCGGUAUGCUUACAUCAAAGCCAAGGAUGCGCCUCGACCCGCUGGCCGUGAGUUCAUGAAAGAACGGGCUCGAAAGCGUCAAUCCAUGUCCAUGGCCGGCUUCAAACCUCCUGCAGAUACCCUGCCAGGCGAUCCUACAAAAAUUCACACUUUUCUUCCUGAUACUCGUCCUUUAGCCUCGCUUCCAGGGAUGCCUGCAGCUCUUGCAGCGACUGUUGAUCCCGUAAGGCCCAGCACACCCAGUAAAGCACGCAGAGAUUCUUUCAAUAGGCAUGAUUUAAGCGUAACACUUGACAAGAUGGUGUUGGGCGGCAGACUAAAGGAUGACUUGUCGUUCUUUCCACCCGAAACAGGGAGAAUGAAAACGUCAUUUUGGGCUCAAAAGCUUUCUACCCAUGACAUAUCUGAAGCUGACGCAAAGACAUGGUGUUCAAUGUCUGUAUCGAUUUUUGACCAUCGAUGGGAUGGCAACGAGGAACGCUCUCUACUCGCUGUUUCUCUCCCACAUAGCGAAUCCACGUUGCUCUUUUCAGUCUCCGAAAAGGAGGAUCACACUAUGCAUGCCGCCAAAAUUUCUACCAUUCCCGCCGUCUCUUUUGUCUCCCUUCGUUCGACCCGCCCAGCAAUGCAUGACUUGCUUAUUCUGAAGCCCGACCACUCCCUUGCUCUUCUAUGUCUCGGAGUCAACGAGGUUCCCAUCCGUAUCAUUGAAGCACCACGACCAGACGAUUCAAAAAUGGAUGUCGAUAAUUCUCGCGGGGACAUUGUCUCCCUGGAAUCAGGAUUAAUGUCAUCGGUGACACUCGUGCAUAGGGACGGACAGAAAUCCGAGAUAAACAUGAACUUGAUACCAAAAGGUCUUUUGGCCAUUCAGGUGCUUCAGAUCCUCUCGUUAUAUCUCCCAGAAAAUAUGUUCUUCGCUAUUCAUCGAAUAUUCCUGCUAAUGUGGUGCAAGGAAGAUAGGCGGCAUACAGAUGGGACCGAGUUCAAGGCUCUAAGGACAAGUUUAUACCUUGUCUGUGGAGUCACUUUGCGCCAGAAGAACAAGGGCAAAGAAAAAGAAGCUGAUCCUUGGACACUUUUGGACAGAUCAUCGUCAAAGUCACGUUUCCGAAAUGAUCCUGUACUUCGUUUAUUGAAGCAGCCUCCUCCCAGAGAAAAGCCUGAAGCCUUUCAGGAUGAUCGACCUAUUCUUCUUGCGCCUGUGUUGUAUGCCCUACAUACUCUUGGUGAAGAUCUCCGUCUAACUGUCGAUCAUUAUCGUUCUCUGCAACAAUUGGUGGACAUCAUCUGUCGAAUAGCAUGGAUAAUACGUCCAGAAUGGGCAGACUACUGGAGGCGGUUAUGCCCUUGCAAUACUCAGGAAUGGCCGUAUCCAUCAAGCGCACAUAUUGAACAUGUCGAGGACCGUAUUCCUGCAUGGCCGCCCGAUAUCUCAGCCAUUCUAUAUGGAAGAAUAAGCAAUCCCGAGUGGGAUGCAAAAGUGCCAUGGCAAGAUGCGUCGGGAAUGGCGGCACGUUUUAAUAUACGACCCGCAUUCGCAUUUGGCCGUAAAGAUCCACUCGAAUCUAGCUCCAAGCUCACGGAGGUAUACAAGUGCCUUGCCGAUAAAACUGUUACCCAGAGCCAAAAGCGAGCUGAAAAUGCUGUAUAUUAUAUGGUGACGUCAGGUAUGGGCCCGGAAUUUUUGGAUCGACUGCCUCUGGGUUUGGCGUCUCCUUUGAGGGAAGCCAUAAGGACGUGCCAGCUUAUGGCGCCCAUCAAUUGGCCGCCUUCUGUAUAUCGCGCUAUCGGACGCGAGGACGUCGCUGCAUCUGCAGUUCAUGACCCAGACAUCCUUGCGAAAGACGGCUACCGGCCAAUCAAAGACUUCAUGAAAAGCGCUGGACGACGUCGAACAAUGAGUCAAAUAAUCGUUGAAGCACGAACGUUGGCCUUUGGGGAAAUCGAAGCGGUUUCUGGGGUUGAGCUGGACCUGGAUGACUUCACAGACAUCCGGUUUGGACAGGAUAGAAGGUUAGAAGACGUGGCGCGUUUGUUGAACUCUGCGUAUAUCCAAACCUACCGGCCGUUCGUCGAUCGACCAGAUGCAGGUGAAGUGGAUCAGAACAAAGAAUUCCAGCAUCAAGCAUUGCGGAUAGCCGAACGGACAAACGCACUGGCUUACGGUCGUGCUAUGUUUACAUUUGGUUCUGUAUCGAAGGUUUCACGACAGGCAUACACUAUACCUAUCGAUUCUAUUCAAUGGGGGGAAUUCCACAACGGUGUCGCUGCCGGUCUUCGUAUAUCUUCUGCGACGAAGGGCGUUGAGAGCUCAUGGAUUGCAUUUAACAAGCCAAACGACUUGUCGCCAAGCCAUGCAGGCUUUCUAUUCGGACUGGGACUUUCUGGUCAUCUCAAGGAAAUGGUCGCCUGGAAUACAUUUCAGUAUCUAACGCCCAAACACGAUAUAACCUCCAUCGGCGUAUUGUUGGGUUUGGCUGCAGCAAAUGUUGGCAGUGGGAAUGCUUCAGUGACGAAACUACUUGCAGUGCACACACCUGCGCUGCUCCCUACACCGGAUGUUGAUUUGAAUAUCACUCUGAUGACGCAAUCUGCUGGGUUGGUAGGUAUGGGGCUCCUGUAUCUCGGGACGAAACAUCGGCGGUACGCCGAAGUAUGCCUGCGAGAAAUCAGUCGGAAGGACCUCUUCCAGCCCGAUUUGCAUAACGAGUACCGGGAGACGUAUACGACGUCUGCUGCGUUGGCUUUUGGGUUGAUCAUGUUGGGAAAGGGUACAAUGAUUCCGGCAGACGUGGAGAUGGUGCGACGGCUGAAUUUCCUCAUUCAAGGGGACGAACAGCAUUCAAUUGGUCUGGGAAGUCAUCCAUCAUUCGAUCUGAACUUGACAUGCCCUGCUGCGACCAUGGCUCUCGGGUUGAUGUACCUGCGGACGGGGAGAAAGGAUAUUGCGGAUAUGCUACCCAUGCCUGAUACCAUCCUUGCAUUGAAUUCGAUUCAACCAAGUUUCUUACUUACGAGGGUGUUGGCUAGGUCGUUGAUCUUAUGGGACUCCAUCGAACCCACGACGACCUGGCUCACCAACCAGAUUCCGGAAACGAUCAGAGCUGCUAUCAAACUGAGGUUCGACAGUGGGGCUGCUAUAGAUGAUGCGUUGGAGCUGGCGUAUUACAAUAUCAUUGCUGGGUGCUGCUUUGCCGUGGGGCUCAAAUAUGCUGGGACGGCAAGGCAGGAGGCUUAUAAGUUGAUCAUCCGCUAUUUUGAUCUUUUCACGCGGAUGGUUUAUUCAAAUGGACCCAACUUUGACCACCGCAUCAAACGGUCUGCCGUGCGCGACGGGCUAAACUUGAUAUCAAUCGCCCUGAGCAUGGUCAUGGCUGGCACCGGGGAAAUAACCUCGUUCCGACGGUUGCGUUACGCAUAUGGGAUGUUCAACCAAACGAUGUACCACCCGACGCACAAGUAUGGUAUCCACGUCGCGACUUACCAGGCGAUCGGUCUGCUCUUCCUCGGUGCGGGAAGGUACACUCUAGGCACAUCGGAUGCUGCGAUCGCGAGCAUGGUCAUUGCGUUUUACCCACGGUUCCACCAAGUAUCGUCGGACAACAAAGUCUAUCUGCAAGCAUUGAGACACUUAUGGGUGCUAGCAGCGGAGCCGAGGUGUUUAAUUGCGCGAGAUGUCGAGACGAAGGAGGUGGUUUAUUUGCCGCUGAAGAUAACCGUCCGGGAUGGGACCGAGACGGGGACGACGCAGCUGAUUUCUCCUACGCUUAUUCCGGAAAUGGACAAGGUAAUGUCCAUACGUGUGGAUACACCAAGGUACUGGCCGUUCCACUUGGACCUAGAAUGUGUCCCACAGCAUCGAGAGAGCUUGGUACGAAGUCAGACGUUGUACGUGAAGAGACGUACAGCAUUUUUGAGCUACACAGAAGAUCCGAGGGGGAGCAGGAGCUUAUUCGUCCGGUCUAGGAGCUCAGCCGGAGAAGCCGCAAUCUUGGACUUCCCGCAGCUAACGACCAAGUCACAUCCUGCGAGUGAUUUGAGCGAAUUUAUCAAUUCGUUCUCUAACGACCCCGUGUAUCUGUCUUUCGCUGAUCAUUUUAGCAAUGGUUGGGACGGGGAUACGGAUGAGGAGGCGCUAUUCACUUCGUAUUGCCAUGCAGCGCUGUAUGAUUCCAUUCUGCAGGGCAAACCACAGUCGCUUCAGUCUCAUUUGAUGCUUUGGGUGUAUCGACGGAUGGAAGAGCAGGACUUGUACUUCCAUCUACGGAUGCAGGAUCUGCGGUUCGCAGCCGACUUUUACAGCAGGAUCUAUGACCGGAGGUUCAGCGGGAGGUCGGAGAACAAUCCAAGGAUACCGCUGAUCAGGGAUUCGACUGUGAUGGGAGCACUGCAUGCGCUGGAUGAGCGGUUGAACGUCAUCAGGAAGGAUCCCCAAUUCUUGGAAAUGUUUGCGGCAUAUACGAUGGGUGCCAAAGUGUCCUUGAAAAGGAAAGGGGAUGCAGAGAAGCUAGCGUGGUAUCUGUUGAGGAAUAUGGUCCCGGUGUCGACGGUAAUGCAAAUUAUGAAAGGACUGGCAAGCGAUGCGUACGCGCAGUGCUUUGGGAAGCCGGAAGGCACAUUUGAUGCAGGAUUGCUGGACGAGGGGAUUAAAGAGGUCUUGCAUGCGACUGGCAGUACGAUGGCUACGUCGCUUGGGACUGGAUGGAGUGUGAGGAGCUUGGACGAGACUGUCGAGCUGUGGAAGCGUAUGCAGCAGCAGCAGCAGUAG